CAAACGGUAGACAUGUGGUGGUUAUUUAGUUAAUUUGAUUAUUUAAUAACUAUACACCUUAUGUAUUAAAAAUAUUAUCGUAACAGCUAUUUUGAGAAGAUAAUAGCUGAUAAAAUAAUGCAUUAUGUAAAGCCGAAUACAUUUGAUAAAAAUAAGCGAUAAGAUUGCAUAAUAAAAAGAGUGUCGGGAGAAAAUUCGCAGUAAUUGUCUAUCAGCGCUCCAAUGAGUUUCAUCGGUAAAGUGGCAAUUGUGACUGGCGCUGCCUCCGGGAUAGGAGCUGCGACAGCCAAAGCACUGGCCAGAGAAGGCGCCAGGGUAGCCCUGGUGGAUAAAGACGAAGAAAAACUACAAGAAGUCGCUAAUCAAUGCGCACAGCUUGGCAACAAACCUCUCAUCAUCACAGCAGAUGUUACUAUAGACGAAGAUGUCAGAACCAUAGUGAAAAACACUAUCGACAACUUUGGACAGUUAGACGUACUGGUCAACAAUGCGGGGAUUGUCAGGUAUUCAACUUUCUUAGACGAAAAUCUUAUGGAACAUUUCGAUCUACAUAUGAACACGAAUCUGCGCUCCAUGGUUUAUUUGACACACCUCGCUGCUCCAUACCUGAUCAAGACUAAAGGUAACAUCGUCAAUAAUUCGAGCAUCGGCGCUUUGCGCGUCAUAGGAAAUGUUCAAGGCCCAUAUUCAGUUUCAAAAGCUGGAGUAAAUCACUUUACUCGCUGUGUUGCCUUAGAUCUAGCUCCACAUGGAGUGAGAGUGAAUGACGUAGCUGCGGGAGGCACCAACACGAAUAUAUUAGAAAAUGCAGGGAUACCAAACGGAGAUGAGUUAUGGAAGGAAUACAUUAAAGAUCGCACUGUGCUUAAAAAGAUGUCGGAGCCCGAAGAGAUAGCAGAUCUAAUUAUAUUCCUGGCAAGUGAUAAGGCUAGGAGCAUUACUGGAUCGACCUACGUUUGUGACAACGGGACUCUAUUGUUGUAAAUUUUAAUAAUCUGGAUAAUUGACUACUGCGGCUACGCACAAGGACUACAAUGGAUCACAGCAGUUAUUGUAUCAAUUGUAUUACCAAUAAAUUAUGUUUAUGAUUAUAA